AUGCUCUACGCCUCAGGCCGCUUCCUAGCGGCCCGGGCGGCCACCACGCUUCACGCCCCGCCCAGAGCCCGGGGCCCGGCGCUCCGCGGCAAGCGGAGGGAACUACAAAUCCCAGGGCACCUCGAGACGCCCUCCUAUGACUCCUUGACGGGGCUGCGGACAAGAUCCAGCGCGCCUCCGGCCCGGAGGGUAGUCCUCAGAAAGGGGAGGAUGCCGCCGGCUAUAGGCAGCAGCCAUGCGGGUUCCGAGCUGCGUCUCCGGAGGGGCCGCUGCGCGCCGCAGGCUUCCAGGGCCGGGGGCCGGGACAAGGUUCCCCAGGUUGCAGCACGGAGCCUUAAACGGCCUGCUUGGAGCUCGUGGCGCUUCGAGACGGCAGGCUGGUGGGCCACGCUGGCUGUGGUGACGCUGCUGUCCUUCGCCACUCGCUUUCACCGGCUGGAUCAGCCCGCGCACAUCUGUUGGGAUGAGACUCACUUUGGAAAAAUGGGAAGUUACUAUAUCAACCGCACAUUUUUCUUCGAUGUACACCCACCUCUGGGAAAGAUGCUGAUCGGUCUUGCUGGCUACCUGACUGGAUAUGAUGGCACCUUUUUGUUCCAGAAGCCUGGGGACAGUUAUGAGCACCACAACUACAUGGGAAUGAGAGGAUUCUGUGCUUUCCUGGGUUCCUGGCUGAUCCCCUUUGCCUACCUCACCGUACUGGAUCUGUCUAAGUCCUUCCCAGCAGCCCUGCUCACUGCCGCCCUUCUUACCUUUGACACGGGAUGCCUCACUCUGUCCCAGUACAUCCUCCUUGACCCUAUCCUGAUGUUCUUCAUCAUGGCUGCCAUGCUGAGCAUGGUCAAGUACAACUCCUGCGCUAACAGGCCUUUCUCUGCCCCCUGGUGGUUCUGGCUCAGCCUGACUGGCAUUAAUCUCGCUGGUGCUUUAGGGGUCAAGUUUGUUGGUCUCUUUAUCAUCCUUCAAGUUGGACUGAACACCAUCUCAGACCUUUGGUACCUGUUUGGAGACCUCAGCCUUUCACUGGUGACUGUGGGAAAGCACCUGACUGCUCGAAUCCUGUGCCUCAUAGUGCUGCCUUUGGUGCUCUAUAUGACCAUUUUUGCUGUUCAUGUCAUGAUACUGAAUAAAAGUGGUCCUGGCGAUGGCUUCUUCAGUUCUGCCUUUCAAGCCCGGCUUUCAGGGAACAGCCUUCACAAUGCUUCUGUCCCCGAACACCUGGCGUAUGGCUCUGUAAUCACUGUGAAGAAUCUCCGGAUGGCCAUUGGCUACCUGCACUCCCAUAGGCACCUCUACCCUGAGGGCAUUGGUGCUCUCCAGCAGCAGGUUACCACCUAUUUGCACAAGGACUACAACAACCUGUGGAUUAUCAAGAAACAUAAUUCAAACACAGAUCCCCUAGAUCCUUCAUUCCCAGUGGAGUUUGUCAGACAUGGAGACAUCAUUCGACUAGAACACAAAGAAACGACUCGGAACCUGCACAGUCAUUAUCAUGAGGCCCCCCUGACCCGGAAACACCUUCAGGUCACUGGCUAUGGCAUAAAUGGGACAGGGGACUCAAACGAUUUCUGGAGGAUUGAAGUUGUAAACAGAAAAUUUGGGAACCGGAUCAAGGUACUGAGAAGUCGAAUUCGCUUCAUCCAUUUGGUCACAGGUUGUGUCCUGGGAUCUUCAGGAAAGAUUCUGCCCAAGUGGGGCUGGGAGCAGUUGGAAGUAACUUGCACUCCGUACCUAAAAGAAACUGCUAACUCCAUCUGGAACAUAGAAGAACAUAUCAAUCCCAAACUGCCAAACAUCAGCCUGGAUGUUCUGCAGCCCAGUUUUUCUGAGAUCUUGCUGGAGUCCCACAUGGUUAUGAUCUGGGGAAACAAUGGCCUCAAACCCAAGGACAAUGAGUUCACAUCCAAACCCUGGCACUGGCCUAUCAAUUAUCAGGGCCUGCACUUCUCAGGGGCCAACGACACAGACUUCAGAGUCUAUCUGCUUGGCAACCCUGUGGUUUGGUGGCUGAAUCUGGUGAGCAUUGCCCUCUACCUCCUCUCGGGGAGCACCAUUGCCAUCGCUCUGCAGAGAGGGGUACAGUUGCCAGCAGAGUUGGAAGGGCUGACCAGGGUGCUGCUUCGAGGAGGUGGCCAGCUGCUGCUGGGCUGGAUGCUCCAUUACUUCCCCUUCUUCCUGAUGGGCCGGAUCCUCUACUUCCACCACUACUUCCCAGCCAUGCUCUUUUCCACCAUGUUGACAGGUGUCCUGUGGGAUACACUUCUGCGGCUCUGUGCCUGGGGCUUGGCCUCCUCUCCCCUGGGCAGCAGAAUACAUGUGAUGGGAAUCCUAAGCCUGCUUCUGGCAACUGCCUACAGCUUCUACCUCUUCCACCCUCUGGCUUAUGGGAUGAUUGGUCCCCUAGCCCAGGAGCCUGAGAGUCCAAUGGCAGGACUAAGAUGGCUGGAAUCAUGGGACUUUUGAGGCCUGGAUCCAGGUAUUGUUCAGGGACACCCAGCUAUGGAGCCAGAUCCUGAGCCUGAGGAGCCUAAAGCAUUCUGCUACCCCCAGGACCAAACUCUGGGAAGCAGACCUGGAUUUAAGUCAACACUAAAAGGAGCCCCAGCCGUGUCUGCAGCACCUACACAGGACACUGUACCUGCAGCACCACUUGGUACCAGUUCCCUGCUGUGCAACACAAUUAAAGCGGGUGUGAAUGUGGGAGGGUACAUCCGUUCCAUCCCCUGGGAGUGUAGACCACCUAACUGGAGUUACGUGUCUUAAAUUCCAAGAAACGGCCCAAGGUUAACAGGAUGUUCUCUGGCAUCUUUUUACGUUGAAUUUGGUUUAUAAGGUUCAUAAGAAAUCCUUUGAUCUCCAGGAGGGCUGAGUGCUGCCCCACCACUCACAGGGUUACGAAGGCACAAACAGGUGAGACCAUCAAAACUCUCCCACCCCUCCCACACUGGGGGCUGGCCCUCUGCUCCUGCCACCAGUGUCUUCUGUGGAUACAGUGCUGCCUAUGGUGUGUACCCAGCACAAGCUGGCAGAGACGUUGCCAGUCUCUGGCUGACCUUCCUUAGAGAAGGACCUGGCUGGGUGGAACCCACAUCUUGACUGCUGUGUGCACAGAGACUGUUUCUCACUGACCGCCGCUUGUCUCUGCAGCUGCCUGGCUCUGAGGACUAAGCCUUGCUGGCUGAUAGAGCCAACAGCCAAGUCAGAGCAGAGAUCUGUGGGAUAAGGGACACUCAACCUGUCUGGGCUGAUGUUCCUGCAUGGCAUUCCUGUUUUCACACUUCCGGCCCUCCCUGCCAAUACAUUCUUUUGCCUCAUUGUCAUUUCCUUCCCCGUUCUGACGCUGCUGUGUCAAGUCUUUUCCCCCAAAGAUCCAGAGCCCCUGAAAAACAGCUUCUAGUGCCCUCCACUUUCAGCUCAGAGCUGUUCUUCCAUUUCCUUGCCCAAAGGGAGUAAGAAAAUUUGGUCAGGACUAAACCAACCCAAGACUAGCCCUUUAGUCUGCCUGCUUCAGUUCAGAACAAAGUAAUUAUUUGAUCCCAGAAGAUUUUUGAUAUUUCAAGGUUUAAUGAUGAAUUUGCCACACUCUAUCUUCUCAACAACUCUGACAGGGUCAGAGCUCUUUAAAGCAUCUUCAGGAGGUGGUUGCCACGGAGACUAGAAAUUGGUCUCAGGGACAGACUGUGCUACCUGCAGAGUGGUGGAGAGGGAAGCUUCUGGGCCCUGCUUGGGCAUUCAGCUAGAGUAUCAUUAAUGUUAAUAGAGGAAAUGCAGCCCUGUCAAGAGCAAGGCAAGGUAGCUAAUUAGAUCUGAGGCCCACUGACCAUCCUCUCCCAUGGCUGCACUCUUAUGACUCCCCUCCUCCCCCAGCAGGAAGUGCGGCUAGUGUGUGGAGUCUGAGCUGCUUGCUUAAUUGCAUUUCUGGCAGGGACUGGGGAGCUCCCAUUACCCUCCCCAACCUUUGCCUGUAGCACCAGGCAGAGCCUGUUCUGAGCCCAGUGGGGUACCUUCUGGGUAGAUUUUCCUGAGAGGGGAUGCAGGAAUCUGUGCUUGGCUCUUAACAAGGAGGCCCUCGGGGGUAUUGAACAGGUGGCUGAAUUUUCUUGUGCCUUAUUUCUGGGGGCACUUGUUAGAGGGGAAGAACCCUGAAGUAACCAGGGGGUGGCCUUCGAGAGCCAGAGUAGGUAGGAGAAUUCAGUGGGCUCCCUCCUCCAAUGUCACACUGAGGACAGAAGGGGCCUCUUGUUUGCAAGUAUGGGAAGAAGGUGUCCCUCUUCUUUCAUACCCAGACUGGCAGAUACUUCUAUGGGAAAUAGGCCACUUGGUGACAUCACUAAACACUUGGGCUCUAUUUGGAAGAUGGAGGGACAGUGGGCCCAAGGGUGCUGCUUUGCAUGUGGGAUGCAGCCCUCGGGAACUGGCAGGGAUGUACAUCUAAGACAGCCGGCAAGGAAGAAGAUGUGCCAAGCAGCCUAACCCAGCCAACGUCUCAGCCUACCGCACUUCGUUUUCUCUCUAUUUCUCUUUUUUACGUGUCCAGAGGUAAUCAGAGACCAUUACUUUUGUAAUAAACAGCUCUCGUUUUCAACACUA